CAAUUGUUUGUGGAGAAAACAUAGACAAAUUCGACAUUAAAUGGGGUAUGACAGCAGAAAAAACCCGGGUUACUUUACCGUGCAAUGGUAACUACACUGGUAGUGUUUCUAGAUACUGCAGCAAUGGUGGCAAGUGGAUGGAACCAGAUUACAGCCAGUGUAUGCGUAAAUCGAUACAAAAUAUUCAAUCACAGUCAGCUAAACUAUUAUCUGGAGAGAGUGUAGAUACGGUUGUGACUACUAUACUUGAGAAUUUAGAAAACGCAACCAGUGAGAAUACUGAAUUAAGGUCUGGUGAUCUAGUAGCAUCAUCAGCUGUUCUUGAUGACAUUGUCAAAUAUUUAACGAAUCACACAGAUAAACUGUCCGUUAAUCAAUUAGAGAUUUUUGGGUCUGUCUGCAAUAGUAUACUAGAUGAACGAAACCAUCAGUUGUGGGAAGAACUUAACAAUGAGGUAUUUUUGUUAUAA